AUGAAGAUGGAUAAAGAUGAAGAUGAGCCAAAUGAAGAUGAAAAUGAAACAUGUAUGAAGUGAAUGGAUCAUGUAGAAAGGAAUGAUUUUGACCAAUCAAACGACGUCUUCAUUAUCAUCAGAUUGGCCUCACCUGUGUCCUUUGUGGGCGCAGCUGUGUAAAGUAGUGUAACGUACUAUAAAGCUGUGUAAAGUAGCAUAGUGGCUUGUGUACAUGGUUGCGGAGUGAUGGACGAGUCGGCGUUGGAGCGUUACUUUGAUGAGUCCAUUGCAAAUGACUCCUGCUUCCUGGUGGGGGGGCAGCCGGGCCUCCAAAGCCCUGCCUACCCACUUCCAGGUCCCACCUCUUCAAGUCAGGACUCCGGCCACCAGUUGAUGAAGGAGGGGCCGAGCGGAAAGCUGGCCGACGAGCUGGACCUCAGCUUUCUUCCUGAUGAGCUCGGUGUGCAGGACGAAGCAGGUAUGACCUUGGCAAACUGGGCAUGGUCUCAGUGUGUCAACACGUCCCAGGACAGUGGCAUCGGGCUCGACUUUGGUUCACAGAGUUCCGUGGUGACCCCAGACGAACCCUCGCAGGGGUCGUCCACGGUGGCGUUGGCAACCAGUACCACCCUCUUCUGCCCCAUGACCCCCAUGACUCCAAUGACCCCUAUGACUCCCGUGACUGAGAAGUCAGGAAUCAUCCCGCAGCUGCAGAACAUCGUGUCCACCGUCAACCUGGGCUGUCCUCUGGAUCUCAAGUUCAUCGCUCUUCAAGCCAGAAACACUGAGUACAACCCAAAGCGCUUCGCUGCAGUCAUCAUGAGGAUCCGUGAGCCAAGAACAACGGCGCUGAUCUUCAGCUCGGGGAAGAUGGUGUGCACUGGAGCCAAGAGUGAGGAGCAGUCUCGAUUGGCGGCCAGGAAAUACGCCCGCGUGGUACAGAAGCUGGGCUUUUCCGCUCGCUUUCUGGACUUCAAGAUACAGAACAUGGUGGCCAGCUGCGACGUCUGCUUCCCCAUCCGACUGGAGGGACUGGUUCUGACGCACCAGCAGUUCAGCAGCUACGAGCCGGAGCUUUUUCCGGGCCUCAUCUAUCGGAUGGUGAAACCUCGAAUUGUCCUGCUGAUCUUCGUGUCGGGAAAAGUGGUUCUGACUGGAGCCAAAGAGCUUGACGAGAUCUACGAAGCCUUUGAGAACAUUUAUCCCAUCCUAAGAGGUUUCCGGAAGCAGUAA